GUUGCUAUAAGAACGCGGCCUGCGAGCGUGUGCUCCUCUUUCUUGGUUUCCGGAGCGUUCGCUCAGGCGCCGGGAGGCUCUUGGCGUAGUUGUGGGACUGCGCAGGCGCCGCCGAGUCCUCUCAGGCCGCUCUCCUUCCCGCGCAGGCGCAGACGGGCAAACAGAGCCAGCAUGCCGGUCGCCCGGAGCUGGGUUUGUCGCAAAACCUAUGUGACCCCGCGGAGACCCUUCGAGAAGUCCCGCCUCGACCAAGAGCUGAAGCUGAUCGGCGAGUACGGGCUCCGGAACAAACGUGAGGUCUGGAGGGUCAAAUUCACCCUGGCCAAGAUCCGAAAGGCUGCCCGGGAGCUGCUGACGCUGGAUGAGAAAGACCCGCGGCGUCUGUUCGAAGGUAAUGCCCUGUUGCGGCGGCUCGUCCGUAUCGGGGUGCUGGACGAGGGCAAGAUGAAGCUGGAUUACAUCCUGGGCCUGAAGAUUGAGGAUUUCUUGGAGAGACGUCUGCAGACCCAGGUCUUCAAGCUGGGCCUGGCCAAGUCCAUCCACCAUGCCCGCGUGCUCAUCCGCCAGCGUCACAUCAGGGUCCGCAAGCAGGUGGUGAACAUCCCGUCCUUCAUCGUGCGCCUGGACUCCCAGAAGCACAUCGACUUCUCCCUGCGCUCCCCGUACGGCGGGGGCCGCCCGGGCCGCGUGAAGAGGAAGAACGCCAAGAAGGGCCAGGGCGGGGCCGGGGCCGGCGACGACGAGGAGGAGGACUGAGCCCGGGCAGGGCCCAGGGCCGGCGCCGAGGCCCGUGCGCCUCAGAUAAUAAAGCAGGAUACCCACACGGUG